AUGAGCUCCAUUUUGAACUUGUCAAACUUGAAAGACAAGAUAUCAUCAAAGUUGAGUCUGCAGGGAUCCUCAAGAAAUCAGAAACCUGGUAAGGAUUCAAAAAAGAAGGAUCUGCAAAAACCUAAGGAAUACAAACAAGAGGAGGUAAAGUCGAAGGAGACAAAGAAGAAAGAUAAUGAGGGAGAAAAUAGUAAGAAGAGUAAGCAAUCCAGUGUUGUUUCUGACGGCAAGAAUCUUAACAACACAAACGAGAUUUUGCGUCAGGAGGCAUUAGCUUUAGGUGCAACAGAAGAGGAUUUGAAAUUACUACAAGGAAUAGAAAGUGACGAUGAAAAGAGUGAAAUUGAGUUUGAUGAUGAUUCAAAAUUGGAUAAGGAGUUUGGAAACGAUUUAAGUAAAUUCAUCAAGGAUAUUGGCUUAGGAAAUGGGGAAGCUGUUGUCAUUGACGAUGAGAGUAUCGAAGAGGUAGAUGGUAGUGACAGUAUUGAGGAAGAAGAAGAAGAAGGAGAAGAUGUCUCUUUGGAAGAUGGUAUAUCGAGCUCUGAAUCAAGCUCUGAUGAAGAAGAAGAGGAAAAGGAAGAAGAGGAAGAGGUGCCGGAAUUAGUUCAAGAUACCACCACAAACUCUACAACUAAUGGUGAAGAUGGAGUGGUUGUGAAAGAGGCCGAUCUAAAGAAGUCAAAGAUCAAAAAAGUAGAGAAAGAAGAAAAUGCAGAUGAAAUUACCGACUUCUCCAUGGUUUCAAGUGGAAAACUUGCUGUUCCAAACAGAUUGGAUUGGUAUAAUAUCUAUCCACUCACAAACACGGAUGCUUUACCCAAGCUAGAUCGAUUUGCCCGUGAAAGAUUACUUGAACGUGGACAAAAAACAUUAGAUAAAGACAACAAAGUGUACUUGGAAGAAUUUGCUUCCAACUCUUCACAAAAGAAAUUCUUGUCACAAAUCUUGUCUGAUGGUACGUUAAAUGACAAGAUUUCAGCAUUGACCUUGUUAGUACAGGAAGCACCAUUGCAUAACUUGAAAGCUCUUGAUACCCUUUUAUUGUAUUGUGAUAAGAAAUCAAGAACUGCUGCAUUACAAUCAAUAGCUGCUUUGAAGGAUUUGCUACUCAAUGGACUAUUACCUGAUCGUAAAUUGUUUGCAUUUGACAAACAGCCCUUAUCAAAAGAUGAAUCUUCAAUGACUGAUGCUCAAUUAGCUGUAUUCUGUUUCGAAGAUCAUUUGAAAAAGACAUAUUUCAAAUUACUUCAGAUUUUGGAGAGGCUCUUGCAGGAUCCAAUUGUUCAUGUUAGAAUGAAUGCAUUGAACCAUGUUUUUGAUUUGCUAAAAUCAAAACCAGAACAAGAAGUCAAUUUGUUGAAAUUGGGUGUAAAUAAAUUGGGUGAUACUGAUAACAAAGUAGCGGCAAAAGCUUCUUACUUGAUCUUACAAUUGGAACAAACACACCCAGCAAUGAAAAAGAUUGUCACUGAUGCAGUAAUUGAUGUUAUAUUUCAAAGUACCACCGAUGAUCAUUCUAAGUAUUAUGGUGUUACUACACUCAACCAAACCAUCAUUACAAGAAGAGAAGAUGAGUUGGCAAAUUCCUUAGUCAAGACUUACUUUGCAUUAUUUGAAAAGGUACUAAUCGAAAGCAGUUUCUUUGCAAAAUCAACUGGUGAUUCUGAAAAGGACAAGUUGAUUGGUGAAUCUCAAAAGGGAAGAAAGAAUAAUCGAAAGAAUUUCAAAAAGGGUAAGAAGGGAGGUAAAUCAGUAAAACAAGAGGAGAAAUCUCAACAAGAGAUAAUUGAAGAGAAGAACUCAAAAAUGUUUUCAGCCUUGUUAACUGGUUUGAAUCGUGCUUUUCCCUUUUGCAACUUGCCUAAUGAAAUAUUUCAAAGUCAUUUGGACACUUUAUUCAAAAUUACCCAUAGUAGUAAUUUUAAUACUGCUAUACAAGCUUUAGUUUUAAUUAAUCACAUCAUUACCAAACAAGAAUUGAACUCAGAUAGAUACUACAGAACCUUAUAUGAAUCGUUACUUGACUCGAGAUUGGUAAACACUUCAAAACAAGGAAUUUACUUGAACUUGUUGUACAAAUCAUUGAAGAAUGAUUCUUCGAACAUUCCAAGAGUUUUAGCAUUUGUGAAAAGGAUAAUUCAAGUGAUUGCCCAUUGGUUGAAUGUGGGGGCUAUUGCUGGUAUGUUGUAUUUACUUAUGGAAUUAUCCAAGUCGAUGCCUGAAAUUGGCGAUUUGUUAAUUGAUGUCAAUUCAAGACCUGAUGAAGAAAAGGGGGACGAUGCCAACAAGGAGCCAUCUGCAGAGAUAGAAGGAUCAGACAAAACUGAUUCGAUCUCCAUUCAGCAAGUCAACGUUUAUGACCCAAAGAAACGUGAUCCAAAUUAUGCCAAUGCUGAUAAAUCAUCCUUGUGGGAAAUCGACUUAUUUGUUAACCACUUCCAUCCCACUGUAUCUCUUUAUGCAUCAUCGUUCAUUGACGGUACUCCACAGACCAAACCUGACUUGGGACUAUACACAUUAGCUCAUUUCUUGGAUCGUUUUGUUUACAAGAAUGCCAAGCAAAAACCACAAACAAAGGGUUCUUCAAUCAUGCAGCCAUUGGGCGGAGCACAUACAGGUGAGUUGUUGGUAAGGUCAACGAAUGUUUUGGAUCAUUCGAUUCCGGCAAAUACCGAAAACUGGUUGAACAAAAAAGUGAAUGAUAUUAGAGCCGAUGAGAGGUUUUUCCAUCAAUAUUUUACUACAAAGGUGAACAAGUUGAAAAAGAAGACAAAAGAAGAAGAUGAAGAAAAAGAGGGAGAAGAGGGAGAAGAUAUUGAUGGUGAAGAUAGAGAUGAGAAUGGUAUGGAUGAUGAUGAAGUUUGGAAAGCCUUGGUCAACUCUAGACCCGAUGUCGAAGCUUCGUCCGGUGAUGAAAUGUCUGACCUUGAUCCUGAAGACUUUUCUGAUUUGGACGAUGACGAAGAAGUGGAGCUUCUGGGAGAGGAUGAAGAUGGUGGCGAUUUUGAUGACGGAGAGAUUAAUGAAUUUGACAGACCACUUUCAGUAGGAAAUGAUAUUGACGAUAAUGAUAAUUCUGAUGCAGAAUUUAACAAAUUCAUUGACGAUGAGGCUGAAGAAGAUUUUGAUGACGAAUUUGAUGAAGAUGAAGCAAAAAUGUUCAAUAUUAAUGAUGACGAUGAGUUGUCUGAUUCGGAAGUUGAUAUCAAGAUGUUGGAGGACAUGGAUGUGAGUGGAGGCGAUGGUAGUGAAGAAGAAGAAGAACAAAAGCCAGUCAAGCAAAACAAGAAAAGAAAGAGUGACAAGGAAGAAGAUAAUUCGUCCAUGUCAAAGAAGAAGUCCAAAAGACCAAGAAUUAAAGACUUGCCAUUAUUUGCAUCAGCGGAAGACUACGCUGACAAGUUAUAG